UACCGACCCUACAAACUCAUCUCUCUUUCUUGAUAUAUAUACAACCUUCUCUCUUUCUACUUCUAAAUACAUUUUUCUGCAAGAUAUAAAUUACAUUAAAAGCUUAGAAGAACUCUUGGAAAGAUCGAGAUUAUAUACAGAGAGCUACAUAGCAUUUGACUCGAAUAUUUCACAUAUACCAACAUGGGAAGAGCACCGUGUUGUGACAAAAAUGGGCUCAAGAAAGGGCCUUGGACUCCUGAAGAAGAUCAAAAACUUGUUGAUUUCAUUCAGAAAAAUGGAUAUGGUAACUGGAGAACACUUCCCAAGAAUGCAGGACUUCAAAGGUGUGGAAAGAGCUGCAGACUUCGAUGGACUAACUAUCUCAGACCAGAUAUCAAAAGAGGACGAUUUUCUUUCGAAGAGGAAGAGACAAUAAUUCAACUCCACAGUAUUUUGGGCAACAAGUGGUCUGCUAUUGCUGCUCGGUUACCAGGGAGAACUGACAACGAAAUAAAAAACUACUGGAACACCCACAUUAGAAAACGGCUCCUACGAAUGGGAAUAGACCCAGUGACUCACAGUCCAAGGCUAGAUCUCCUAGACCUCUCCUCGAUUCUAAGCUCUUCAUUCUACAACUCAUCUCAUCAUCAGAUGAACAGUAUGACCAGGUACCUAGGAGUCCAACCAGUAAUGAACCCUGAGCUUCUAAGACUAGCCACUUCUCUCAUGGCUAAUUCCUCGAAUAAUUCUCAACGUGGGACUACAAACAACCAAAACAGUACUUUCUACUUCCAAAACUCCCACGAAGUAGAUCAUCAAAACCAGCUCUGUGGCAACAUUAAUGGCAACAAUAAUCCUCAUCAUCAAUUCCAACAUGUACUGUACCAACCUGACCAACUCCAAGAAAUCUCACCGGCUGGUUGCCCCACUACUACUGCUGCUACUGUAGAUGUGUCUUGUGUCCCACUUUCAAAUGAAGAACUAGUACAUCACGACCUAUCAAAUCUCACAAAUUUCAGUUCUCCAAGUUCCCAAAUCAGCGAAUGGCAAAGUAGUAGUACUACUACUACGACAGCAACUAAUGGGAUGCCUUCAAAUUUUACCGAAGACUAUGUUCCGAGUUUACCAGCAGGUUACAGUGCUUACAGUAGUUAUUAUGAUCAUCAUCGUUAUCAACCUACGGUGAUUGAUCCCUCGACAGAGAGCUACCAGUCCAACAACAGCAACAACCAGAACUUCAGUUUCACUACAUCGGUUUUGUCCACUCCGUCUUCGAGUCCAACGGCGUUGAACUCGAAUUCGACGACGUAUUUGAAUAAUAGUGGAACUGAGGACGAACCGGAAAGCUACUGCAGUAGUAUGUUGAAGUUUGAAAUCUCAGACCUCUUGGAUGUUAACGAGUUCAUGUAAUGUAAUCAUGAUUAGAACUACUACGGAUUAAAACUGAUCCAGGAGAAGGAUUUUUUUUUUUCUCUUAAAUUUCCAAUGUUUAGAGUCUUGGGUUUGGUGGUUCUGAUGCGUGUAAAAUUCACUAAUAAUUAUUAUUAUUAUAUUUUUUUUAAUCUUCGUCAGCCUUAUUACUGUAUCGGGAAGAAAAAGAUCUAGCUGUUAGUAUUUUCUUAAUGGGAAAUUUCCAUUAUUGAGAUGA